UUUGAGGUGGACUUUGGUUUCAUCAAUCAACAGUGACUAAAACCACUUUCUUCCAAUAAAGGUUAUAUUAUAUCAGUACUCCAUUUCUAGGACAUUGUCCACUUCAGGUAUAUUGUGUUGGUAACAUGAAGGUUUCUGGCUUCUUUGCUUUGCUCUUGGUGGUUGGAGCAACUUUGAUGUUCUUUAACAUCUUAAUUCCUACCAGUGCAUCUUGGUCACCUGAUUUCAUAGGGACCAACAAUGGUCAUAAAGCAACACUGAUUGCAGUAAGCAGGAAACUGAAGGAAAAUGGAAACAAUGUUAAAAGUGGUAUCAGCAACAAUGGUGAUAUGAGUCAAGUGAUUCUGACUGAUUACAAUCCCGUUGAUCCAACACCAGGUUCUAGAACAAAGGCCUCUCUAUAUCCUGAUCCUAUUGAGCAUGGAAGCCCUCUGAUUCCAUACAUCCCAAAACCUUCACCUCCUGGAGAUUCUGACUAACUUUCUGCCCUCUUAAACCAUGCUAUAGUAGACACUAUGGUCAGAAGAGGAACGCUAUCCACACUCUUUAACAUAAUUCCCAUUAUGGGAAAAUAAGAAAUUGUUCAAAGUAUGUGUUGGUAGAUUGCUCAUGCUGAAAAUAAACAUAGGACUGUUCUCACGUUUAGUCAGUUUUCUUUGUUGUUGUGCUUAUAUUCUGUGUGCCAGACAGUAAUCCUAGUUUUCACGUGUGCUAUUGUGAAAAAACCAGUUGUGCCUUUGAGCAUUGUACGAUCUUUAACUAAGGAUCGUGCGAAUUUCUAUUUUUGUUGGGUUGUGUUUGUGCAGCUUCAGUAUGUUUAUUUUUUCUUUUAGAUC